UUAUGAUUAUACUAUUGUAAUAUAUCCGAGCAUUGGAUUGGAUUCAAAUAUGUUGAUAAUUUCAGGAAGAUUUAUGUGCGUAAUACUACCUUAUUGGUUCAUGGUUAAUAAGCCUGGUUAACAACAAUUGGAACCUUAAUCUCUUUGGAUUAACUAUUUGAUGCUAUGGAAUAGAAACCCAAUUAAUCCUUCCCACCGGGUUACCAUACCAUUCCUAUUAACCGAUUCCCAUUCUCAACCUAAAUAGUCUACUCACGGGUUGUACAAGUCUUACCAUUCUUGAUGUCUUUAUCGGCAUGUAUGCACGUGUUUAAUUUAUAUAAGUGUUUGAUGUCUUUAUCAGCCUGCAUGUCAUGUGUUUGAUAUCUUCCGUUGUUGCAUAUCUACAAUUUUGUUUUAAAAUAUUUGUUUUUGUUUCAUUUUAAGGUGUAAUUAGGGUGCCUGACAGAAAAAUUAAAAAGUAACUUAUGUGUUAUGAUUCCAAUUAUAUCCUUGUUAGAUAUAAAUAUUUUAUUUAGACGAUUUGACCACUAAGAGGGAAAGCAAGUAUUGGAUGAUAGAGGGAGUACAUGGAAACUAGGUUGUUGAUUUAUACACAACAUAAGGCCAAUAUAUUUGGAGAGUUCCCAUCUUUUGAUACGCAAUUAUUGAAUGCGCAUAUGAUUUUACUUUGAUUUGUGACAUCUUCGGUUAUGAAAAAUAUGGACCUACCACAUGUUUGCUUAAAUGUGGACUGAAGUUGUUGCUGAUACAUGUAUGAAUUCAGAGGAUUUUUUUUUUUUUUUAAAUUUUUAAGCACGGUAAUAUGAGGCUAAGUUGAAGGGUAGCUAAGACUUGCAAUUUUGUCUGAGCUAUAUUUGUUUGACUGGCAUACGGCAUUGCCAAUGUAAGCAUUUGUGUUUUCAAUUAGUUAGCUGUAUGUUUCACCACGCAAACAGAGAUCACACUCUUAUAUGACUGGUCGACAAACAGAGUUUUCAAUUGGACCAUAUAGUUAGCUGUGCCUCUCGGAUGAUUAAAGUUAUCUGGUAGCAACCAUGGGUAUUUAUUCAAUUGCUCUGAAUGCUUUUAGGAAGCAUUACGCAGUAGAGAGCAUUUGGUUAGGAAACAAUGGCAGGGGAUAAUGUUAGGGAUCCGCUCUUGAAUGUGGAAUACUAUGAGAACUGUCCUGGAUGCCAGGUUGAUCAGCAAAAGGCAGCGCUGCAAGGACAUUUGCCUAUCUGGAGGCUUUUAACAGUAUUUGUUACGGUGCUUGCCACAGCGAUGCAAAUAUCAUCUCUCUUUCCUUUCGUUUAUUUCAUGGUACAGGAUUUUAAUAUCGCAGAUCAAGAUGAGGACAUAAGUUAUUACGCGGGCUUUGUAGGCUCGUCGUUUAUGCUUGGAAGGGCUCUCACCUCUGUAUUUUGGGGCAAAGUGGCGGAUCUAUAUGGUCGCAGACCUGUGAUCAUUAUAGGAACCUCUACUAUAGUUAUUUUCAACACUCUCUUUGGUCUUAGCAUAAACUAUUGGAUGGCUGUUACUAUGAGGUUUCUUCUUGGAAGCUUAAAUGGUUUACUCGGACCAAUCAGAGCAUACACAUUUGAAAUUCUUCAGAAGGAACAUCACGCACUAGGACUAUCAGUAGUUGCUGCGUCAUGGGGCACAGGGUUGAUACUUGGACCUGCUCUGGGAGGUUUUCUUGCAAAGCCUGCAGAUAAUUUUCCUGAUCUUUUUUCACCACAAUCUAUUUUCGCAAGAUUUCCAUAUUUUUUGCCAUGCCUUUCUCUAUCACUUUUUGCACUAGUUGUGCUAAUCGCUAGCCUUUGGCUUCCAGAAACAUUGCAUAACCAUGAUUCACGCAAGAUUCCAAGUGACGACCCAAUCGGACGUUUGGAGAUCAGUGCACCCGCUGAGUCUGAUGCCACAGUUUGUACACAUGAAGAGACAAAAUUAAAUUCUAAAGAAAGCAUUUAUUCUAACUGGCCGCUGAUGUCAUCUAUAUUGGUGUACUGUGUUUUCGCGAUUCAUGAAAUGGCUUACUUGGAGACAUUUCCAUUAUGGGCUGAAAGCCCUAGGAGAUUAGGUGGCCUGAGUUAUUCAACCGUGGAUGUCGGUGAAGUUCUUGCAAUAUCAGGUGUUGGACUUCUGCUAUUUGAGAUUUGCCUGUAUCCAAAAUUGGAGAAAAGAGUUGGUUGCAUCUUGAUAACUCGUAUAUCGGCAGUUGUUUCCAUCCCACUUUUGACAAGUUAUACUUAUAUAGCCAUGCUAUCUGGGAUCCUCCUCUCCAUAUCGAUAAACUGUGCUUCUUUGUUGAAAAAUAUAUUAAACGAAUUCACUGUAACUGGCUUGUUCAUAUUGCAAAAUAGGGCAGUGGACCAACACCAGAGAGGGACUGCUAAUGGCAUUUCAAUGUCCUUUAUGUCGCUAUCUAAGGCAAUCGGUCCAGCUAUUGGAGGAGCACUCCUUUCCUGGGCACAAGGCCGGCAGGAUGCUGCCUUUCUACCAGGUCCGCAGAUGCUUUGGUUCAUAUUAAAUAUUGUUCAGGCAAUCGGAGUGGCAAUGACUUUCAAGCCAUUUCUGGUUGAACGCCGGGUGUGAAAAGUGUCUAGAACCUACAUUGGUCCAUUACUUUCUUACUUUCAAUAUAAAAUUAUAUCAUUUAAAAUAUUGUUGUAAUUAAUUAUGAAUGAGUUCUUCAGUUAUGAGAAAUAUUAUGAGAAAUAUGUGUGUGGAUAGCAGUCCUGAACUCAUCUCCUAGUAUUUUGAAAAUGGGCAAUAA